UCGCAAGCUCGCUGCCGUGGCCCGCACCCGUUAGUGAAAUAUCGACACAUAUAACUUAAUAUAACUUUAUUGUCAUUAUUAUUCAUUAAUAAAUUUAAAUUUUCGCCAUGUUUAAGUCAAUUAUUGCUGUGUGUUUGUGCGUUGUUUUAAUUGAGGCACGUCCGAAAUGGCAAUACCUACCAGCAGUGCCUGGUUACGUGCCAGUAUACAUUCGCAACGGAGAUACACCCCUCGAAGAAAUCAACCCUGAACUUGCUGAGGCAUUCCACGGUUUCCCAGCUGGACGCAGUGUGGGAAAACAGGUUGACGCCGUACCUGACACCCCAGAGCUAGCGGACCAACCGCAGUUCGACGUAAUCCCCGAACCAUCGGAAUCCAAUGAAAAACGCCCUUACGGAAAGAAACUUCUAGAAAAGAAGAAGAAAGCCUCCUUCGACAUAGUGAAGCCGGUGGAACGUAGAUAAGUCUCUAUGUACUUAAUUUAGUUUUAAAUUAACAAUGGAGAUGAUUUUUGCUAUGUCCACACUGGGCUGGUUUAACUUGCACUUACCGUCGCAAUUUUAAAGACGUUAAAGCCAUGAAACCUGUUUUAAUGAUAAUGCAUUUGUAAGGCUGAAAGACAUCUUUAAUAUACAAUGAAUUUCGACACUUCCAUGCAUUAAUUGCCGUAACAAUUAUUCUAGAAUAUUACGUGAAAUACUUAUUAUCGCUAAGUGGAAAAGAACUCAAAUUACUCUACAAUGUUACUUUUCAUUCAAAUUCAAUUUGGAAUCAUACACCUAUGAUAUUAUAAAAUCGGGGCUCCGGCCCUAUGAUUUUGUACUUUUUAUUCCAAAUUUUAAGUUUAUCUUAUAUGAAUAAGUUUUUAAAAUAAAAAAAAUAUUCGAAAAAAAAUGCAUCCCAUUUUCGUAAUCUGUAUGAAAAACAAUAUAUUAUGUUAUUGACAUAAGGAAAGAAAUCGAAUAUGUAUACACUUAUUCUAUUUACUUAGACGCACAAAAAUUAACACAGUGUGGACAUAACUUAGGAGUUUGAUAUACGAUCAUCAAACUCAUUCUAAGCUUGCCAAUUAGCAUAUACUUACUGUUAUUUAUUUUUAAAUAAUGUAUUUAUAAUAUUAAUUUUGCUACGCAUUAUAUUACAUGACCUGUAAACUUAUUAGCGAUUAAAUAUAAUAUAAAUAAUUU